AUGCGUUUCCCUCGUGGACAAUCGCGACCAGUUCGCUCAAAUCGCACCCACGUCCAGUCCUACAACGAAGAAAGCGGCCCGGAUGACCCCCUGGGUGAAGACAGUGGAACUGACCAAGAGGGGUCGAGGCGCCUUUCUCUCUCUCUGCGACCACGUUCAAACCGCAUUCCCAUGUCGUACCGGGAGAACUCAAGUGAUGAUGAGUUGGAGGAUUUUCCAAGUGAAGACACAGGCAAUGUGUUAUCUCCAGAAACCGCCGUUCAUCCAAACCAACAUCUGUCUGACGUCGUUACCCACGCCAUACCCACCGCACCUGCGCGCGCGCGCCGUACUCGAUCCGUUAAAACUAGGUCUCAGACACAAAAGUCAAAACGAACCCCAACGAAGAGGCGACUGGAGCUAGGGAGGCCUCUCAACAAGCGGAGGAAGACGCAGGAGCCCGAUAGUUCCCCUGUUGGUUCGGGGGUUAUUCCGCCAUGGCAAACCCUUCCGUACCACAUAUUAUUCGAUAUAUUUCUUCGCGCGUCUUAUCCACUUGUCGAGGAAAAGACUAUCAGAAGGAACAGCACCGUCAGUUGGUUGGUGAGCGUUGCAUUGCUAUGCCGCAAUUUCUACGAGCCAGCUCUCGCGGCUCUCUACCACUCUCCGCCACUCAUACCCGCUCCUAAAUCACACGGCUUACUGAGCCUUCUCGCCAAACCCCAGGAUUCGCUCUCCACCAACUAUGUCAAUAAAAUUAAAGAGCUGCAUGUUGAUGUCGAGACCCUCUUGGUGUACAAGAGCGGACCAACCCUGGGAUACUUCGACCUGUCUAAAUUGAUCGAAAAUACCCCCCAGGUCAAUGUACUCCGGCUAUACCACAAUAAUGACUAUGUUGUUGGCCUUCCUUCGUGGGAGAUUUCGCGUUCAAAAUGGGUGUAUCCUGAAGCACUCUUUGCGUCUAUUAACUCGGCCUCCAUCCGGCUUCGCAGUUGGGACUGGAAUGCUCGUUUUAUGGACACGCAAGAUUUGCUUCCCCUUAUUUUAUUAAGACAUAACCAGGCCCCCUUCAAAAGCAUUCAAAAUCUUAGGUUAUUGCACGUUGCAUCAGAAGAUGCGAACGGCGACGGAGUCACUGGGAUGGCUGAAGAGAGGGAAAAUGUCUUAGCUAUGGCUCUUAAGGAGCUUCCCAGUUUGCAUCGACUGGAGUUUCUAGAGUCAUCUAUUUUAAACGACCAUCUUUUGCCCAAACUACCCUUCAACCUGACCUCUCUCACGAUUAACAACUGUGACGACGUAACAACUGCCAAUUUCAGUCUUUUUCUUUCCACUCACGGCCAUAGUUUGCGAGAGUUGAGCAUCAGCCAUAACCGCCACCUAAGUCUUUCUUUUAUUGUGGACCUGAAGAAAUUCUGUAAGUCCCUAGAAAGGUUUACGAUGGAUCUUUCGAUGCAUGACUGGUCGAGUUACCACGACGUGGAACCACAUUUUGAGGAACUACUUUCUCCAUCGGAGAUUCCCACAUGGCCUCCAACCCUACAGCACCUCGAAUUGGUACAGUUGCGCAAAUGGAAGGAUAACACCGCAGAGGCCUUCUUUACUUCGCUAAUUGAAGCCGCCCCUGAGCUGCAGAAUUUACGGAACUUAAUAAUUAGCGCAAUCUUGAAGACUGGAUGGCGCGAUCGUGCCUCUUUUCGAGAAAAGUGGAUUGGCAGGCUCGAAAAGGUCUUCUUACGGCGAAGCCCACCUCCAAACCCAGCAUUCCGCACCAUUGUACGGCACUCAGAGGGACAGGAGCGGGGCGACCCAACUGAGGGCUCGCAUAUAGACGAAAUCGAGAUCCCAUCACCCUCAAAGCGGAAAAGCGCUCGGAUCGCUAGUCUUAAAUAUUCGGAUGGUGAGGACGACCAAAGUCCGUCACCAAGAAGCUAUCGAAUGAACGAAGCCGAUAGUGAUAAUGACCUCCCCACCACGCAGGGUAUGUGUGAUGUUGUGGUGAUUCGAAUCGACAACCAACGCCCCAGGGAAACCCAAUUCAACGAACAGGACUUUUUAGAUGACGAGCUGAGUGGGGACGAAGAUUGGACUGGCCAUGAUAUGGACAUGGGUGAUGGGGGCCAUGCGUGGUAA